AUGAGAGCGAAUGUCAACCAACUGAAGGAAAAGGUCGAUCGAAUCUUGGAAGCUAUACAGGCUUUGGCAAGGAAGGAGAAUACAGAUGGGGAUCCUCCAAUUGUAAAUGAAGAACACCAAACUACUCCUUUUCAUCCACCGGGUUUUACUCCGACUAACCAAAAAUUCCGCACAGCAGCUAUGCAAUUUCCUAUAUAUGGUCUCUCACCUGGUUAUACUCCGUCUGUAGUCAUCAACCCCAUAGAAAAUAACCAAAAAACCACUCAACUCCAGUUGUUGCCUCACUUACUUCAAUAUUCAAUGGUAGUCCUGAGGCCAAUGAAACCUCUAGAACCACCAUUCCCGAAAUGGUAUAAUCCAAAUGCCAGAUGUGAAUACCAUGGCGGAGCCGUGGGGAAUUCCGUCGAAUAUUGUCAAGCCUUAAAAACUAAAGUGCAAGAAUUGAUUAAUUCAAAAUGGCUCACCUUCAAGGAAGACGGUCCCAAUGUAGGGAAUAAUCCUUUGCCGGGUCACGGAGAUGCCGUUGUCAAUCUCAUUGAAGAAGAGAUAAACCAGUACACAAAAGAUGAUUAUGUAUCAACCAUAGAGCCAUGCAUGGAAAAUGAUAGAUCUUUUCCAAGACCAUUGAAAAUCCUCUAUAGAAAGGAGAAUCCUAAGCCAACUCAUAGUGGGAAAAAUGCAAUAAUUGUUCAAGCACCAACCUUUUUUCCUUAUGAAAAUAACAAGGCGGUACCAUGGAGUUAUGAAGUUACAUCCCAUUUAUUCAACCACCAAUCAGGGGAUAGCUCUAAAUAUCAAGGUACUGAUGUCACCAAUAUUUCAGGGAUUGGUGGGAUGACCCGUAGUGGUCGAGUAUACACUCCCGAACAACUUAGGGAAAAGGAGGGUCAUGGCGAAAAAGGGAAAGGGGUUGUGUAUCAUGCCAUAAAAGGACCAGAAAUUUGCAAAAAGACGGUGCCUACAGAAGAAGCUAACGAAUUUUUGAAGUUUAUAAAGCAAAAUGAGUAUAAGGCCCAUGUUACUCAUGAUAUCACUGUCGACCAAUUUGAUGGGGUUGUCGGUAAUAUCAUCGCUAGUAGCAGUUUGAGUUUUAGCGAUGUUGAAUUACCAGCUGAGGGGAUGGAGCAUAAUAAAACACUACAUAUCUCUCCAAGUACUAUGGUGGUGAAAAUGUUUGAUGGAUCCAGAAGACAAGUUGUUGGAGAGAUUGACCUUCCGAUUCAAAUCGAACCCCAUAACUUUGGAAUAACCUUCCAAGUGAUGGAUAUUAAGUCGGCGUAUAGUUGCCUUUUAGGGAGACCGUGGAUUCACGCUGCUGGAGCAGUAACAUCCACUCUCCAUCAGAAGCUAAAGUUUAUAGUGAACAAUAAUCUGGUGAUAAUAUCUGGGGAAGAAGAUAUGAUAGUGAGUCAUCUAUCUUCUACGGGAUACAUUGAAGAAGCAGAGGAAGCCAUUGAGACUUCCUUUCAAGCAUUAGAAAUCGUCAAUGUUGUCUUCAUGGAUGAAGAAUUUCGUUUAAAAGAACCAAAACUAUCUACCACAUCAUUGAAGUCUACAAAAUCCAUGUUGGAAGGAGGAGCUUUUGUUAAAUUCGGGAAAUUGAUAGAAAUACCAGAAAAGAAGGAUAAGUACGGGUUGAGAUAUAUACCUACCAAAGCUGAUCAAGAGAAUGUUGUAAAAGAAAAAUGA